ACAUGGAGCAGAUCUGGACCCGAGUCUAAUAAAGGUAGUGUAAAUAAAGAUGUCAUAAAGGACGGGGCGGGGCGCGUGCUUGUCAGGGACGCCAGCCUCUAGGGGCUGCCAGAAUGGUUCCUGCUCAAUGCGCGGCGCCAGUGCUUAUCAUGUCCCGCCUACGUCUCUGGGCCCCAUGGCCCCUCCUCACGUGGCAACUAUUGUGGCUACUAGUCCAGGAGUCUCAGCCUCUGGAGAGGGUCAAGGACCCACUCCAGCUGACCUCUAACCCCCUGGGGCCGACUGAGCCCUGGUCUUCCGGCUCCUCCAAUCUCCCAUGGGAAUCUCUCCAUGCGCUUACUCCCUCGGCGGACGCGGGGGGCUUUGAUUACCUGGGGUCCUCUGCUUCCUCCAAGAGGUCAGCCCCGCCCCAGGAAUCGACUGAGAAUUUGGUUCCAUUCCUGGACACAGAUUCAGAUGGAGAGCUGCCCCCGGGGCCCGAGCACUUCUCGUCUGCACACCCGGAUCUGAAUGACAAGCUGACUCAGCAAGAAAGGCUCCCACAGGUGGGUCCAAUGCUCGGCUGGGAUCAGAACCAGACCCUAGUUCAGCCUGGCCACCUCGAAAGUAAGGUUCAAACUGCAGAGCUAGAUCAGGCUGCAGAUCAUCAGGCAGAUGAAAUACUUGUUCCACCUCUAGACAGUCAGGAUUCCAAAGCAACAGAGUUUAUAGUUUCUCCCAAGGACCUGAAGAAAGAUUUAGCUCAGCAUUGGAGCCUUGCUAAGGCUGUGAGAAUUCCACAUCGAUUUGUAUCAAAACCUCAGCAUCAGAAACAAACUUUGCAGGAUGAGUAUUUAGAUUCAAGUAUGGAUAUGCUGUAUCCCGGCAGCCUGCCUUCAGACCUCCAGGUGAACUCAGAUGAGCCUCCAGGUCCUCCUAUGGAGCCUGAACUUUCCCUCAGUGAACAGGAGCAGCCAGCUCAGCCUUCUGAAUCUUCUGGGGAGCUUGAACCUUCUCAGACCCAGGAGGAGACCCCAGCUCAGCCUCCAGAAGAGAUGGAACCUUCUGCUAUACAAGAGGAGACCCCAACUGAGCCUCCAGGUCCUCCUAUGGAGCCUGAACUUUCCCCAAGUGAGCAGGAGCAGCCAGCUCAGCCUUCUGAGUCUUCUGGGGAGCUUGAAUCUUCUCCAGCCCAGCAGGAAGCCACAGUUCAGGCUCUAGAGCCCCCUAAGGAGGUAGAACCUUCAAGCCAGCAGGUGAUCCCAGCUCAGGUUCCAGAGCCAUCUAAGGAGGUUGCAGCUCAACCUCCAGCUCAUUAUGAGGUGACACUUCCACAUACAGACCAUGUUCAGACUCAGCAUUCAAACCUGACUCAACUCACAGUUCAACCUUUAGAUCUGGGGCUUACCAUCACUCCUGAAUCCACUACAGAGGUUGAACCUUCCACAGCCCUGACGACUACAGCUUCUCCUCCAAAACACCCUGAGGUAACACUUCCACCUUCAGACAAGGGUCAGACUCAGCAUGCAAACCUGCGUCAAGUCAUAGUUCAGUCUCUGGACCUGGAGUUUACCAUCACGACAGAACCUACUACCGAGGUAAAACUGUCUCCAACCACGGAGGAGACCUCAACCCAUCCUCCAGAUCUGGGGCUUGCCAUAACUCCAGAACCCACUACAGAGACUGGACAUUCUACAGCCCUGGAGAAGACUACAGCUCCUCGUUCAGACGAGAUUCAGACUCGGCAUCAAAACCUAACUGAAGUCACAGGUCCACCUACUGAACUAGAACCUACUCAGGAUUCAUUGGUGCAGCCUGAAACUUACGCCCAAAAUAAGGCUUUAACUGCACCAGAGGAACAGGCCUCCGCAAGCACCAACAUGUGUGACCUCUGUACCUGCAGAGAUGAGACGCUGUCGUGUAUUGAUCUCAGCCCAAAGCAGAAGCUCCGCCACGUGCCUGUGCCAGAGCCCAACACCUACAAUGGCACCUUCACUAUCUUAAAUUUCCAAGGAAACUAUAUUUCUUACAUUGAUGGAAAGGUAUGGAAGGCAUUCCGUUGGACCGAGAAACUAAUUCUCAGUGAAAAUUAUUUGACUGAAUUACAUAAGGAUUCAUUUGAAGGCCUGCUAUCCCUCCAGUAUUUAGAUUUAUCCUGCAAUAAAAUACAGUCUAUUGAAAGAUAUACAUUUGAAUCACUACCAUUUUUACAGUCUAUAAAUCUUGGUUGCAAUUUACUCACAGAACUGAGCUUUGGAACAUUUCAGGCCUGGCAUGGAAUGCAGUUUUUACACAAUUUACACAACCUUAGUCAAGAAAAGAAUGCCCUCAAACAGGAGGAAUAUAGGAUAAUAUUGAGGGCCUUUUUAGGCUUGGGCUCUGGCUUUGGAGGAGCAGGUUUAUCAGACAACCUCGCGGACCUUCUCUGUGGUUCGUCCUUCACCUUGGCCUUAUCUCCUUUAGCAUCCCCUUCAGCCUUUCUCUUGGGCAUGGUGGCGACGGCAGCGGGACGUAGGCGCUGGGCGCGGGAUGCAGCGUCGCAUGGGCUUUUGUUGCAUUUGUCUGCCUCCUUUACCUACUCAAGAAACCCCUUCACCAUUAAUUUAUUGUUCUGUGUUUUUAUCUAUAGGAUCUUACCUAGCCAUAUGGCCUGCUGCCUCUGCCAAUUUAAAAAUAGCAUUGAGGUUGUCUGCAAGACAGUCAAGCUGCAUUGCAACAGUGCAUGUCUGACAAACACCACACAUUGUCUUGAAGAAGCAUCUAUAGGGAAUCCCGAAGGAGCAUUCAUGAAGGUGUUACAAGCCCGGAAGAAGCACACGAGCACUGAGCUGACUAUUGAGCUGGAGACACCCUCAGACAGCAACGGCAUCAACUUGUCAGGCUUUGGGAGUGAGCAGCUAGACCUCAAUGAUGAAAGUGAUGUUAUCAGUGCACUAAAUUAUAUCUUGCCUUAUUUCUCGGUGGGAAAUCUAGAAGAUGUGGAGGCAAUGUUGUUACCAUUCAUUAAACUGCUUUUUUCAGAUUCACAAGAUGGCGACAGGUCCCUGGGUAUUUUGAAAAACAAUGCAAAGAGCCCCUCUCUUCAACCUGCAUCCAACAACUCAACUUACGAAAAUAAAUUGAGAAAGCUGUAUUCUCUGGAAAAUGUGAUAGAUGCAGAAAUUCAAGAAAAAAUCGAUGAGGUUAAAAGGGAAGAAAAAAAUGCCAUGCUUGUACAGUCCAGUGUUUUAGGUCCCAAAUUUAAACGGCAAAUUUUUCGGACAAAAUUAAAAACUGCCCAACCACAGGAAAACAGCCUGGCGAAGAUUCAAAGUGUAGGAAAAAGCCUGCAGAGAGCAAACAGAGUCCUCAUGGACCCAAGGAGCAUCCAGAAAAGGCACUUCAAAGAGGGGGGAAAGCAGAGCAUCAGGAGGGAACAGAGUGCCCAGGCAUUUGUGGAAAACACUGCCAAAGGAAAAAGGCCUGGGAGUGCAGCCCCAAGGGAGCUGGAACAGCCUCACGUGGUGCAGAGGCCCGAGAAGUUAGUGGGAAACACCAUCUACACCAAGCCUUUGCUCACCCAAGAGCAUAAGACAGCUGUCUCCUCUUUGCUGAAACCCUUCUCCAUGGGCGGGCCUUCCGCCUUCACCCCUGGAAAAGCCCAGCGUGAGGUCAGAAACCUAGAGAAAGACUUAACCUACGCCAUUUUCAUUUUAGAAAAUGCAAAGGCUAGAGUUAAAAAUAUGAAGGCUGCUAAACCAACCACAAAUUCCAGAAAAAAAUACCACUUUCAUAAAACUAGCUCCCAUGUGGUCCACAGAACACCCAAGGCCAAAAAGAGUCGAAAGUUCAGAAAGAAAAGUUCUCUCAACAGACUGAUGCUGGCGAAGAGGCCUCCAUUCUCUGCAGCAAAGAGCCUCAUAAAUUCCCCUUCAGAAGGGGCUUUUUCAUCUUUAGGAGACAGUAUUCAAAAAAAUUCUUUUCCAGAGGUAUUUGCUCCUUCAGAACAUUUUAAGGAAAACACCACCGCAGGAAAUGCCUUUGAAGAAAAAAUUUUUAUGGGAAACACUGCUAUACCAGAAGGCACCAUCUCUGAAAACACAACCUACAAUAAUCCUCCUGAGGCAGAUUCCGCUGGGACUGCGUUCAACUUAGAGCCAACUGUUAAACAAACCAAUGGAGCACAAUGGGAAUACAAUGACCUGGGCACUGACCUGUUCCCCAAGCCCAAAAACUUCAAUUACCCAUUGCUCUCAUCCCCAGGUGAUCAGUUUGAAAUUCAGCUAAACCAGCAGCUACGGUCCCUCAUCCCUGACAACAAUGUGAGAAGGCUCAUAUCUCAUGUUAUCCGGACCUUGAAGAUGGACUGCUCUGAGACCCAAGUGCAAUUAGCCUGUGCUAAGCUCAUCUCCGGGACAGGCCUCCUGAUGAAACUUCUCAGUGAACAGCAAGAAGAAAAGGUGUCCAAGGCAGAAUGGGAUACGGACCAGUGGAAAACUGAGAACUAUAUCAAUGAGAGCACCGAAGCCCAGAGUGAACAGAAACAGCAGAAGUCAAGUGAGCUCACUAAAGUUGUUCCAGGAUAUGGCUACAGCAAAUUCAUCUUGGCAAUAUCUGUGUCUGUAACUGUGACAAUGUUCAUCCUAAUUUUCUGUGUCAUCAUGGCCAGUUCUAGCAUAUUGGAAGAGUGA